CAUCGUUUUCCAUUUUUCUUAUUUUAAGCGCCUCGGUGGCUAUCUCUCACUCCGUUCGCGUCUUCCUCUUAAAGGAAACCUCCUCUACGCGAAAUUCGUAUUCUCUCAUUUCUUCUACGGAGAUUUGCAUCGAAGAAACUGACUCGCUUGUGGAAUCAACAACAAGACGAUGUGGCGCUGCGUCUCUCGUGGCUUUCGAGCUCCUGCUUCAAAGACCUCUUCACUCUUUGAUGGCGUCUCUGGAUCUCGCUUUUCCAGAUUCUUCUCCACUGGUUCUACCGAUACGAGAUCCUCUUAUACGAUAGUGGAUCACACUUAUGAUGCGGUUGUGGUGGGAGCUGGUGGUGCUGGUCUUAGGGCGGCGAUUGGGUUAUCGGAGCAUGGCUUUAACACCGCUUGCAUUACUAAGCUUUUCCCCACAAGGUCACAUACUGUUGCUGCUCAGGGUGGUAUUAAUGCUGCACUGGGAAAUAUGUCCGAAGAUGACUGGAGAUGGCACAUGUAUGACACUGUCAAAGGAAGUGACUGGCUAGGUGAUCAAGAUGCUAUCCAGUACAUGUGUAGAGAGGCACCAAAAGCAGUCAUUGAACUUGAGAAUUAUGGGCUGCCUUUCUCUCGUACUGAAGAAGGGAAAAUUUACCAGCGUGCAUUUGGUGGUCAGAGUCUUGACUUUGGAAAAGGUGGUCAGGCCUAUCGUUGUGCUUGUGCUGCGGAUAGGACUGGUCAUGCUCUGUUGCAUACUCUCUAUGGACAAGCUAUGAAGCAUAACACACAGUUCUUUGUUGAAUACUUCGCCUUGGAUCUGCUCAUGGCUAGUGAUGGCAGUUGCCAGGGUGUAAUUGCACUAAACAUGGAAGAUGGAACAUUGCAUCGUUUCCGUUCUUCUCAAACAAUUUUGGCAACUGGGGGGUACGGCAGAGCAUACUUCUCUGCAACCUCAGCACAUACAUGCACAGGGGAUGGAAAUGCAAUGGUUGCACGGGCCGGUCUUCCACUGCAGGACUUGGAGUUUGUUCAAUUCCAUCCAACUGGUAUAUAUGGGGCCGGAUGUCUCAUCACCGAAGGAUCUCGAGGUGAAGGUGGUAUCCUUAGAAACAGUGAAGGUGAACGUUUUAUGGAACGAUAUGCUCCUACAGCCAAGGAUCUUGCAUCAAGAGAUGUUGUCUCCAGAUCCAUGACUAUGGAAAUCAGGGAAGGUCGUGGUGUAGGACCGCAUAAGGAUCAUAUCUAUCUCCAUCUGAAUCAUCUUCCUCCAGAAGUUCUAAAAGAAAGGCUUCCUGGAAUCUCUGAGACCGCUGCCAUCUUUGCUGGUGUUGAUGUUACCAAAGAGCCAAUUCCUGUCUUACCCACGGUUCAUUAUAACAUGGGUGGUAUCCCAACAAACUACCAUGGCGAGGUAGUUACCAUCAAAGGCGAUGAUCCAGAUGCAGUGAUUCCUGGGCUAAUGGCUGCUGGGGAGGCAGCUUGUGCAUCUGUUCAUGGUGCCAACAGGCUUGGUGCAAAUUCACUGCUCGACAUUGUCGUAUUUGGUCGUGCUUGUGCAAAUAGGGUUGCAGAGAUAAGCAAACCAGGGGAGAAACAGAAACCUCUUGAGAAGGAUGCGGGUGAGAAGACUAUUGCAUGGCUGGACAGGUUGAGAAACUCAAACGGGUCUCUACCUACUUCAACUAUCAGAUUGAACAUGCAGAGGAUUAUGCAGAACAACGCAGCUGUGUUCCGCACGCAAGAAACAUUGGAAGAAGGUUGUCAGUUGAUUGACAAGGCCUGGGAAAGUUUUGGGGACGUCCAGGUGAAAGAUCGGAGUAUGAUAUGGAACUCGGAUUUGAUAGAGACAUUGGAACUGGAGAACCUUUUGAUAAACGCAUCCAUAACAAUGCAUUCAGCAGAAGCACGAAAGGAAAGCAGAGGAGCACAUGCUCGGGAAGACUUCACGAAAAGAGAGGAUGGAGAAUGGAUGAAGCAUACAUUGGGAUAUUGGGAAGAUGAGAAAGUGAGAUUGGAUUAUAGGCCUGUUCACAUGGACACUCUCGACGAUGAGAUCGACACUUUCCCUCCCAAAGCUCGUGUCUAUUGAUCGAGCCCAUGUUUUUAUUUUAUCUGUUAUCGGAAUAAUAAUAAUAAUCAGGAACCCCCCAAAAAAAGGGAAUUAGGAGAAGAAGACGGAGUUAUGAGCUGAUGGAGCACAAAGGACUGUUCUGAAACUGGGUUUACGUUUUACACCAGAAACGAUGAAAAUAAAUUGAUAGAAAGAGGAAAAAACACUACAAUUCUUAUUUUCUUUAUCAGUUCCUGAAAUUGUUACAUUCUUUGUUACCUGUUAAUUACGCCUUGGUGAUAUUCAUUUUUUUUUUUUAAAUCAAAAUGUUCGAAUUCCGUAUCGACCGUGAAAGUUAUUUUGCGGUGAUAAUAGGUAUCAGAACACGAGAUACAAUUUUGAGUUGUGACCAUUAGAAAAACAAAAUUUGGGUUGUUUUUUCUUGUCUGAACAAAAUUUUAUUUUAGGUAAAUUCGGAUCAGUCAAGGCAUUUUUUAGGCCUACAAGUGGG